AUGACAACGCCAAACAGCGCCGUGAAUACUGCCGGCUCUAUUCAGCGUAUUACAAAGGAGCUUGCGCAUAUCCAGAAAGGCGAGGACUUGUCGCUAGCCGUAGCUCACCGUGAUAGCGAUGUGCGCAAGAUUCGUGCUCUGAUCAUUGGGCCGCCAGAGACACCCUACGAGUACGGCUUCUUCGAGUUUGAGGUUAAGUUUCCCAAGGAAUAUCCAAUCAAGUCGCCACACUGCCGCGCCAUCACCACUAAUGGUGGCCGCACUCGCUUCAAUCCAAACAUCUACGCCGAGGGCAAGGUAUGCUUGUCUAUCCUCGGCACAUGGCGCGGUAACCCAGGCGAAGAGUGGUCGAGCGCUCAAGGUCUGGAGAGCCUACUGUUGAGCGUGCAAAGUCUCAUGAGCGCCAAUCCGUACGAAAACGAGCCCGGCUACGAAAACUAUGACAAGAACCAACCGAACCCGAAAGCAUAUGUCGAGAAGAUCCGGCAUGAGACUCUUCGCGUGUCCGUUAUGCAACGUCUAGAGGUCUUGUUGGGCAUCUCCGCCGAUCGUGAUGGCUUCUACCGCACACCCAAACGACCGCGUACUUUAGGCAGCUUCACGCCCUUUGCAAGCAGUGAUAGCGGCUCGCCGAAUGGCAACGGUGCUAGUGGCGCCAGCACGCCGGCGACGGAAGGCUCGGUGUACGAAUACGAUGCCGACGCCGCAUUGUCCGCGCUUGAGGACGAAGGUCAAUGGAACCCUUUUGCAGACCUGCUCAAGCGACGUUUUCUGUGGUACUACGAUAGCUACGUACGUGCCGUCGAAGCUGGCGUGCAAGAUCACAGGCAGGGCGAAGCAUUCACGCGCAUGGAAUUCGAGUAUCCACCAAACAGUAUGGAAGGGUCUUUCGACUAUAAGAGUCUACACAAACGACUCGAUCGAAUCAAGCAAGCGCUUGACGAAGAAAAGCACCACUGGGCGGAAGUAGGCACGAAGCAGGUUGCUGACUGCACGCAGCUGGCUACGAUGCUCGGCUUCGUUUUCCGUCAAUUAGAGCAUAAAUGGAACGGCGUCAAGCAGACUCAGUCAACAAACGACUACAACGACGGGCAAGCGGACGACGACCUUGACGGCGGUGACAGCUUCUUCGACGAUGAAGAUGUAGUUGAACCUCACGACCGUGCUCACUCUCCACCCGCUUCGGAUUGCUCGGGACUCGAGAUCAGCUUAGCCGAGGAGAAUAACCCGUUUGUUUGGAACAUCACCUUCAUCGGCAAACCCUCAACCAACCUUGAAGGUGGCAUCUUCAACAUGACAAUGCACAUUCCGCCAACAUUCCCGGACGCGCAACCGCGAGUGAAGAUACACACACCCAUCUUCCACCACCGCGUCAGUAGCGCCGGCACGCUAUGCUACUUCCCGAAGGCUCUGGACAACAUUGACUCACACCUGGAGGGCAUCGUGGCAGCCAUUGAGGAUCACAACCCAACAUACGAUCCGCGUGCAGUCAUCAACCCGGAAGCAUUUGCGUUGUAUUGGGGUGGCGACGAGAAACGCAAACUCUACAACCGUAAGCUACGGCGAAGCGCGCAGGAUAGCUGUGAGUGUCUCGGUUGA